UCCGGGGAGAAGAAGAAGAAGAAAAGGAAAGAUGGCCGCUGCUAAUGCUAACUAGCUAGCUGCUGGGUGUCACAAAAUGUUGCGCUCUUCAUCUUUUCUUCCAUUUUUACAUUCCGAGCGAACCUCGGCCACAACUUAAGGCCUCUCUGCCGCCUCUGUAAAGCCUCGUCCGGGGAAUAAUCGCCGGUGUGAGCCGUCGGGGGGACGGAGAGAGGAGUUUAUUCAUCGGGGCGGUGUGUGUUUGUGUAGCGGGAGGAGGGUCGCUCUCCUCCGGUCAGCUGUCCGUCACUUACCCGUCAGGGAGGAUUGAGGGAGGCGGUCGUCAUGGCGACUCCUCUAAACAUCCAGACUGCCAAUAAGACCUGGGAGCUGAGUCUGUACGAGCUGCACAGGAGCCCCCAGGAGGCCAUCAUGGACGGAACGGAGGUGGCGGUGUCUCCUCGCUCUCUGCACAGCGAGCUGAUGUGUCCCAUCUGUCUGGACAUGCUGAAGAACACCAUGACGACCAAAGAGUGUCUUCACCGCUUCUGCUCAGACUGCAUCGUCACGGCGCUGCGAUCCGGGAACAAGGAGUGUCCGACCUGCAGGAAGAAGCUGGUCUCCAGACGUUCUCUGCGCAGGGAUUCGAACUUUGACGCUCUGAUCUCUAAGAUCUACCCGAGCCGCGACGAGUACGAGGCGCACCAGCGGCGAGUCCUCGAACGCCUCAACCGGCUGCACAACAAGGAGGCGCUGAGCUCCAGCAUCGAGGAGGGGCUCCGGCAGCAGGCCCGCUACAGGUCCGAGAGGAACCAGCGGGUGAAGAAACCCACGCAGGAGAGCGACAACACCACCUUCAGCGGCGGCGAGGACAACGGCGACUCUCGCUCGCACCUGUCCCACGACUCCGCCCCCUCGCACACGCCCCACCCCAGCGCUCAGACGCCGCCGGAGGCCGGGCCGAGCCGGAAACGCCCCCGCGCCUCCGAUGACGGCGGCGGUGGCGGCUCGGGGGCCGAGGUGGACAGCGGGAGCCCCACGCCGCCUCCUCUGAGGCGCCACAGGGACGGACCCGCCUCGGAGAUAGAGCUGGUGUUCAGGCCCCACCCACAGCUGGUCCACGCCCACGACUACAACCAGACCAGAUACGUGAAGACGACGGCCAACGCCACCGUGGACCAUCUGUCCAAAUACCUGGCGCUGCGCAUCGCCCUGGAGGACAGACGGACGGACGGAGACGGCGAGGACAGAGCGGGGGAGGAGGGGGGAGGAAGAGGAGAAGACGAGGGGACGACUCUGAGCAACAUCAGCGAGAAACAGUACACCAUCUACAUCAUGACGAGAGGAGGACAGUUCUCUGUGAGUUAUUCACCCUCCACCUGCUCCCAAACGUCCUCACGUCUGUCCCUGUCUCCUCCCGGCGUCCACAUGGAUUCAGUCCAGUCUGAGCGAAUGUGGAAGAAAACUUUUCUCUUCUUUCAGACGUUGCAGCGUUCAGUGUUUGUCUGUUUGUUUGACCUGAGUGACUCCACUGGUUCUGUUUAGAUCAUCUCCUGCUAACAUCCACACUGCCUGGCUACAGCCGGAAUCUCCUCUUUCUUUCUCCUCUUUCUUUCUCCUCUUUCUUUCUCCUCUUUCUUUCUCCUCUUUCUUUCUCCUCUUUCUUCUUCUGGGAGUUUUGGCAGCUUUGAUUCUAGCCAACAGAUAUUAAACACCAGACGUACAGCUAAGACAAACAUAAACUCUUGUAAAACAGUUCAGUAUGGAGGGCGUCAGUAGCUGUUUCCUUCCCCGCUAGAAAUAUCUCAGUUUAAAAACCUCUCAAACAUCUGAAGCUGAAACAUCUCUGCUCUCAUGAGGUUUUUCAGGUUUUUCAUCCAUAUAAAAGUUUAUCUUUAAGUUCAGUGGAAACGUUUUUCCCUGGAGAUGAUGCAGGGGUCAUGUGAUGAUAACGUUACUUAGUAACUCGUUACUGUAAUCUGACUACUUUUCUCCAGUAACAGUAAUCUAACGCAUUACUAAACCAAACCAGUAAUCAGAUUAAAGUUACUUAUCCUAGUUACAACUCUCGUGUAAUAACACACACACACACACACACACACACACACACACACAGCGACACAAACGUAAACGACAACGAUGAGACCGAGAAGUCUCAAAGCCUUUGGAGGAAGAGGAGUACGUUGUAGGGGAGAUGCUGCAUCCGUAUAAAAACAUGUUUGUCUGAAUGUAACUAGUAAAGUAACUUCUAAUCUAAUGUAGUUACUUUUAAAAUCAAGUAAUUAGUGAAGUAACUAAGCUGCUUUUCUACCAGUCUGUUGUAGUGAGUGUCCUGUUCUUUGCUGUGGUUUGUUGGGGGAGUAGCACCAGCAAAAAGACAUCAGUAGGAUCAACACAUUAAUCUGAAAGGCUGGGCAUGUGAUCGAUAGAGAGUGGGAGACAUUUGUCUCAGUGAGGGACAGGAGGACACUGGACAAACUCCUCUCCAUUAUGGACAAUCCCUCCCAUCCACUACACCAAACACUAGAGGGUCAGAGGAGCUCGUUCUCCAUCAGAGUGAUUCAUAGUGAACGCUACAGAGCUUCUUUUAUUCCGUAUUCUAUCCAGCUGGAGAACAGCUCAUCUUUUUAGAACAACUAAGCUACUAUGACCAAGAAGAAGUUCAUGGAGGUGUGACUAGUGAAAAAAGAUGUCAGAAUGUCCAAACUGAGAAGGAUUCAUUUCCCUGUGGUACAUGAAGACACUUUUCAUCAAAUAUGUCCUUUCUGCACUGCAUGAUUUAGCCUGAUGGUGGCAGUGAUGGACACAUUUCUUGUUUUAUGCAAAUUGUCAAUCCUCUCUCUCUCUCUCUCUCUCUCUCUCUCUCUCUCUCUCUCUCUCUCUCUCUCUCUCUCUCUCUCUCUCUCUCUCUCUCUGUGUGUUAAUGUGAAGCAUUUCUUUCUUAAAACGUAUCUGUUGAUUCUCUCAAUUUAAUUUUAUUUCAUGUUUUUUGUUUAAUGACUCUUUAAUUUAGUCUUUAGUCUCUUUCAGCUGGUUCUUGAACUUCAAAAGUGGAGAAGUAAAGUUUUCUUUCUUAAGGUGUGAAUAAAA